AUGGACAGCGAAAACGACAACGAGCAGGGGAAGGAACGUGCGAACGUGCAGGUGAACAAUUUGGGGGAGGUACACGAAUUUGUGUUCUUCCUAAAGGAGGAGGUAAAGAGGGAGCAUAUAGAGCUAGUUAAGAAUAACAUCGAGGACAUUUUGAACGGAGGAAACGAAGAGGUCUUUGGGUUGCUUAAUUUGUUGUUCUUCACGAAGGAUGUCAAUUAUGUAAGGAACAAUUUAUGCAUUUGUCUGCACCAGUUAUCCAGAACACUGAAUGAAAUAAAUGCAGAGGAUAUGAAAAAGAAGGUUUUUAAAUAUAUAUUGAAAAAGUUAGAAUAUGUGAAGUGUAGCUAUUUCGAUAGAGCGCUUGUUUGUAAGAAGUUUUUAUCCUUUUGUUCAGCAUACAAAGAUAUAUCAUCAGAAUUGAGGAACGUAAAAUGCUUCCAUGACUUAUUUGUGAAUUGCUUAUCAUUCUUAGAUAGCCUCUUCUACAGUAAUGAUAAGUUGAGCGAAACGAGUCACAAAUUUCGCAUGCUAAAAAAGGGGGCUAUCAAAAAGUUGAUGGUGAUAUUUUCCAACAUAUGUAACAUAAAUAAGAAUGAAAAGGGUGGGGGUAAAGAAGCGAGGGACGCGAACCCAAUGAAGGCAGAGGAAGAGAUAGAUUACAUACUAAAUAUGUACGCGAACGAGAAAUAUUUUUUCUAUCUAAUUGUAGAAUCCUUUGGUCUAUUUUUAUGUAAAAACAGCGAAAAGAAUAUUUUGGAUAGAAAAAAAUAUGUAGACAGAUUUAGCAACAAAUUUAUUAAUCUUUUAAAUUCAAACAAGGAAAUUUUGCUAAAAAUUAAUAGAUCAUUUAAGUACAUUUUUCAAAAUGGAAAGGAUGAUAAAAUAUUUCAGAGCAUCCUGAAUCAUAUUCAUAGGUAUGAUGAAGUGGCCCUAAUCAAUGCAUCUCCUUUUUAUUACUACUGUGGAAUAUACACCAAGGACCACUUUUACACAUUAUUAGAAAUAAUAAUAAAUAUAAAGAAAAACAAAAAUGUAAAGAAUUGUGACAUACUAUAUUUCAUCCUGUUUUAUAAAUUUCACAUAAACAAUGAGAAUGACUCCGUUUUAAAAAUGCUAAUUGAAAGAAACCAAAAAUUAAAUAUUGUAAAAUUUGAUGAGAAGAUCAUUUUUUUAAAAACCGCCACGUAUUUACUUUCUACUAAUAGAAGCAAAGAAAUAAAGGACAUUAUUUUGGCCAACAAAAAUAUGAUCACGAACUAUCUGAAAAAGGAUUUAAAUGAAGAUGUCAAAUUGGAAUGUCUAAUAUUUUUACGAAGUUUCGUGAGUAUUAUAAAAAAUGACAAAGAUGUGUACAAAACAUUUUCACCACUAGUUUUAGAAAUUUUAGAAAAAUACGGAAAAAAUAAUGACAAGUUUUUGCAGUACUGUUUGUUGUUUUAUAUCGAUUUGGUGGAUUGUGUCGAAGUUAAUGAAAAACUGAUUUCCACACUUAAGGCCCACUUAAACUUUUGCUUAACAAAGCAGAUUUUAAAAUACAUUUACGGGAUCAACUUGUUCUUACUUCUUUACAUAAAGAAUAAACACGGCUCCUGUGGUGUUACCAUUAACAAUCACAUUAACGAAAUUUUGGCGAAAAGUUUGUACAACCAAAAUGAGCUUUUCUACCUAUAUGAUAUAAUUGAGUUGAAAAAAAUUCCCCCUAACAAAUUCUUCUUUUAUGUUUAUUCACUUGUGAUGCUUCUCCACUUCCUUCUGAACGAAGACAAGAAGACCCUAUCAGAGUAUGUUCACGAGAUGAUGAAGGAUUUCCCCACUUUUAUUUAUUUUGAUCAGUUGGCCAAGUCGCACGUACUGCCAGUGCUACUGGGGGAGAAAAAAACCGAGGACGAAAAGAAAAAAAAGGUUGCUGCAAAUGUACCACAAGAGAGUAAAAAGGAAGGACUGAAAAAAGAUAGCCCCCAAAAUAAGCGCAACAAUUUACAUAUGUUGACACUUCUCACCGAGAUGUGCAUUUUGCACUACUUGGAAGAAAAAAAAUUCGACAAAAAUGAGUACAGAAAAAAAAAUGAGAAAAAAUUCCACACUUAUUUAUUGAGCUUAAAAAAGGGAGGAAUUAUUAACGAACAGAAUUGUGAGUACCAAAAUUAUGUGGACGACUUUGACAUGCUGCUAGACAUUUUGCUCAUGCAGAAGGAGGUGUUUCAAAUUCUGCUGCACUCGUUCUAUGUGUACCUCUACAUAUACUGGAACAGUGGCCCCCGCUUUAGAUACGAUAAUGGGUAUGUUUUGAGACGGUUUUUGUUCGUACUUUUGUCUUAUGUGGCCAAAAUUGAACUGGACCCAACCGAAAGGAAAAAUUGCUACUUUCUCUUGUUGCUAUGCUUAUGCCACCCGUGCAUAUUUUACAAAAAUUUGAGGAGCUCCGUAAGUAGGAGAAGAAUGAAGAGGUAUAUAUGUGGCAAAAUAUUGAGCUGUGUGAAUUUAGAUGUGGUUAUAGCUUUUAUCGUAAAGGGUUCCGAUUAUUACAACAAUGAGUUGCACAAGACUGUCUGCUUACAUUUGAUCGAGGUGUUUUACAUUUGGGAAAUUUUACCGUCUUGGGAGAACAAGAAAAUUGCUAAUGGAGUCCAGGUGGGGGAAUCAAAUGUGUCAAUUUUGACAAAUCGGGCAGAUAGCGGAAUGGUUGGGGAUACACUCGAUAACGAGAAGAAAAGUAAAAACAAAAAGGUAAAAUUUUCAUUUGGUUAUGAGUCUAACUAUGAAAAGAACUAUUCAGAGGAGGCGAAUGAGGAUAAUGGACGCAAAAUUGUAAGCUUACACGAUCCUGAAGUUAAGAGGAAGCUAACCGCUUUCACGAGCAAACUGAUUGACAUGCUAGAUGAUGUUAGUGUACAAAAUGUGAAAGAAGAUGAAAUCGAAAUUUGCAAAUGUCCGUUUAACUCUCUCUACGUGGACAAGAAUGUGUACCAGCCAACCAUCGUUGUUGAAAGCAAAAAUGUGAAGAGAAAUAAACAUCUAUUCUCCAUGUAUGAUGAGGAGACUGCGGAAAUGAUCAUGGAGGAAGAGCUGAAUAAGAGCAAGAAAGCUACUGCCAGCAGUACUACAAGCCCUGUGAAAGAUAAAAAAGGAAAUAAAAGCAAAGGGCUAACGAAGGAAGACCUAGAAAUGGAAGAAAUAAAGAAGCAAAAUGAGAUAAGGUUAAGAGUACACGAAAUAGUAGAACGAAAUAAAUAUAUCCUACAGUGUAUUAAAAAAAUGAGUUACAUUGAUGAUAUUUACGACACCAAGUAUAUAAAUCUGUUUAUUAAAAAAAUUAUGGCUUUUUUAAAAAACGAUUUAACUAGUAGAUAUUCACAGGCCUAUUUGAAUAAAAUAAUUCAGAACAUGAUAAGCACAAAAUUGUUAACUUGCAAAAAUAAGAUUACAAGAUGUUUGUACAAAAUAAGUAAAUACAACAAGGCAGACGAGUCAGCACUGAUCAUUUUCAGCUCCUUCAAUAUGAAUGAAAAGAUAUCCUACGUACUGACUUUAUUGUUAUUCCCCAUAGUAUUACACAGUAUUAACAUAAUAAAUGAUAAAGACGUAACUCUGAAUAUUUUGAAGACUUUGGAAGUUCUCAUGUACUCAAAAACCAAAAUUAACGAUGAAGAUGCACUCAAGUGUUUACAAAUUUCGUUUGAAAAAUAUCCCGAUUUGGACGUAGAAUUGGAGUCCUUCCUUGAUAACUUCAAUUCGUAUUUGCUAAGUGAAAAAAAUGUAAAGGUGCUCCUCCAACUUUGCAUAACGGAGAAUGAAAAACGUAGGAACGUUAUCAUAAAAUCGUUGUACAAAUUUGUGAAAGAUGAAGAUGCUAAAGGAGACAAAAACUCAUUAGACACCAUUUUUAACAACGAAUUUAUACACCUAUAUAUGAGUAUUUUCCAGAAUGAUUACAAUGAGGAGACGCACAGGUGCUGCGAAGAAAUGAUUCGGAUGUUGGGGAUUUCUCCCGUCUCAGAUCAGUACAAGCUAAUAGAUUUGCUACAGAAAGAGUGCAGCGAUUUUCAAACUAUGAUCUGUAAAACUAUUGUAGGGUCAACGAAUAGGAAGCAAGCGAAGGAACUACUCUUACAGCUAACAUCCAAGUAUAUAACGUUUAAGGAGUAUGGAAAAAUUGGAAUAUUGAAAACGAUGGAAGAGCUGGCCAAGGACAAUUUUGUUAUCGUUAUUGAUGAUGUAGAAUUUAUUUUAAAUUUUCUGUUAGGGUUAUGUUUAGAAGAGAAAAGGGACAUUUCGAAAAUUAAAGAGUUUGUCCUUACGUGCGGUUCGUGCGUGAUUAACUCGUAUAAUGAAUAUUUGAUUAGAAGUAAGAGGAAGGCGACCAAGAAGAAGGGCAGUCAAAAAGGUACAAAGGGUGCAACGAGCAAAAACGCCAAGGGGAAGAAGAAGUCCCCAAAUGGAAAGAAUCAUUUGAGCGAAUCGGAAGAUGAAAACUAUGCGCAGGACGAUGAUGACGAUUUCAAGUAUUACUCCUCAGACGAUUCUGCAUUAUCCACAGAGUUCAGCAUGAAGGACAACUCGAAAAAUGAAAAUAAAGAGUUAGAAGAAGCCUUCCAAAGGAUUUACAAAGUGCUGAAUAAAUAUCGCGACAACAAAAAGAGUAAUAACAAGAGUGUGGUCGACUUGGUCGUUGUGAUGUUGUAUGGGUGCUUAGGAGCUAACUUGAAAAAGGAAUCCCUUGAGCUGCUAAACAAGUUGAUAGGACAGAUUCUGCACAACGACACGGACAAUUUUACCCAGAUUGAGAUAAGCCGCAUAAUCCCUAAAUUUAUAGAAAAUUUAAAAUGUGAUAAGGAAGACUUUGAUGAAGAGUACGAAGAUGAGGAGCUUGAUGAUUUCGAUCGGAUGAACCCAAACAUGACAAGGUCAGUAAAUGGCAGGAUGAAUAAUGCGAAUAAGAAAAAAACAGUUACUUUUUACAUCGAUGGGAAGGUUCACAGCUCUACUAAGGGGGCAAAAGGUGGAGCAGCCGCGGUAGCAGCAGAUGGUGACAAAAAGGGUGCAAAUAUAACAACAUCAUGUGAAGGGAAGGAAAGCGAGAGUGAGACACAACCAGGGGGAGGAAAAAAAGGAAAGAAGAAGACGAAGGGGGAUAACAAAAAUAGUAGUAGUAAUAACUCUCUUAGUAGUAGUGCCCACACAGGUGGACUUAUUUACGUGGAAAAUUACGAUGUAGGUAUGUUGGUAGAAAAAAUAUUUACUAUUAUUCAAACCCACAAAGAUUUGAAAGUGAGAAAAGGGUGCUGCCUACUUCUAGGAAGUGUUAUAAAAGCACACGGCAUGCAUAUACUGAAGAGGUUCAACAUUUUGGGUAAAAUAAACUGCAACAUAUAUUCGGAAGACGUAAUUAAGAGGCAGAGUUUUUACCUUACGUAUGGAUAUUUAUUCAAAGUGUUGAAAAUAAAAUUCGAGCCGUACAUUUUAAAAAACUUCAAAUUGUUGCUAGAAUGUUACAAGGAUAGUGUAAACAAUAUAAAGGUUCUUGGAAUAAGUGUCAUUGAAGAAAUUUUAAAUGAUUUAGGUCAGUACGGAUUGAAAAAAAUAUUACCUUUUAUAAUUUUUAGCUUAAAAAAUUCUAGCAUUAGAAAUAAAGACAUAGUGUCCUAUUUGGAUACCCUGCAUUUAAUCAUUUCCAAAUUUGACAUUAUCUGCUAUGUGGACAAUCCGACCUUGGCUAAUUUGGUGAACUUACUGUGCGAUUUGGUGUCCGAAACAAAUUCUAAAGUGAGAGAAAUAUGCAUAAGGAUCUUUAACAAAUUGGAAAAAAUGAUACAAAAUGUGGAAAUGAAGAAUAUAAGUAGGCAGCUUUUGUUAUGUAUAUAUUCUCCAAAUGAUAAUCAUUUGUGUGAUUUUUUGGACAUUUUUUCUGCCAUUUCGUUUCAGUACAAAAUUGAUAAUAUUUCACUGUGUCUACUUUUCCCAGUUAUUAAAAAGGGAAUAAAUAACAUUAGAUUGGAUCUGAAGAAGAAAGCUUUGCAAAUUUUAUAUUUCCUAAUUUAUCUGGUGAAUGAUCAGUCUGUAUUCAUUAUUUACUAUGAUAGUAUAUUUAAAAAUUUAAUCGUUCUUUUGAAUGAUGCAAUUCCAGAGAUAAGAUUUUUGACGGCUAAAUCGGUUGGAAACAUUUGCUACUUUUUAGAUGUGAACAAAAAGCUUUACUACAUUCAGUACAUUUUUAAUAUCCUCAUAAACACUGAAUCGUCGGUAGAGAAGAGCGGUGUCUCUUUAUGCCUGUCGUCCAUCUUGGCCAAGUGCUCAGAAACCAUUGCUGAGAAUUUUAUAUCUACUGUUGUGCGCCUCAUCGAUGUGAAGAAAUACACCGAGCUGAAGAAUAGGCAUGGGAAGAAAGGAAAGCAAACCGAAGGUAAAAUGAUUAAAAGUGGAAAGACAGCAGGGAAGAAAGGAGGAAAGAGAGGCUCUGGAAAAGGCUCCAAAUCGGUUGCAAAAGGAAAAGUCGCACUUGAAUUUUCAGAUGAAGAGGACGACGAGGAUGGGGUGCAGUUCGUUGAUAGCGACAUGGAAGAGGGCUCGUAUUCGACCGGAGAAGGGGAGGAUGACUUGGACGAUGAUUAUGAUGAGGAAGAGGAUGAUGUAGACGACGAUGAAGAGGGGGAAUAUGACGACGAGGAGGAAGAGAAUGACGAUGAUGAAGAGGAGGGUGACGGCGACGACGACAGCAGCGGGGACGAAAUAUACACCCGCUCGGACGAAAGCAAAGAUGACGAUUUUGAAGCGGACGAAGAGGGUUCACCAUUGAAGGGAAGAAGGUACUACGACGGGGAAGAUGAGGAGGACGACGAUGAGGACCAGGAGGAAGAGGAUGAAAAUGACGACGGGGACGACUCGCUGACCGAAGAAGAAAGCGAUAGUGAUGAUGACAUAUUGAGCAAAAAUGCUGAAAAAAAGUCGACCUAUUUGAAUGGACUGUACUUAAUAGAGAAGAACGAAGAGAAUGAGUACCGCAUCCAGAUAGAUGACGAUUUGGCCAAUUGGAACCUGGUGUAUGAUAAGAAAAUUAUAAAAAAUGAUAAUUCGAAGGAGGGACUAAUUGGCUUCUUCAUAUACAUCCCGGAGUGUGCCCCGAGAUAUACAGAGAAUUUUUUAAAAAAAAUAUUGCAAAAGUUGCUACUCUGCCUUAACGACACAAGUGAGAAAAUAAGGGACAUAGCCCUGAGGGCAUGCAAGGUACUGAUAAGCAUAUUCUCCAGAAACAAUACGUCGCUCAUUUUAAAGUUCAUCGAAAAUAAGAUAUAUAAUAGCUACUGGAGAAUUAGAAAGGACACAGUACUUUUGCUCAAUGUAUUGAUUGAAAAAAAUAUAGAAAUCAAUAAGGAAGAAAAGGAUAUAGAAACUUUGAACUUAUUGCACGAGAGGUUUUACUUCAUGUUAUCCCUGAUAUGCGUUAUGAGAAAUGAUAAGAAUGUAAAUGUGAGGCAAACCGCUUAUAGUAUAUACAAAAACUACGUAAAUAAGAGAAUAUUACAGGAAAUGUGGCCCAUAUUGCUAAAAAAGAUAACGCAGAACUUGUCCUCUAAGAGUACUUCAAAGCAAGUGAUCAGCGCGUCAGCAUUGAGCGAUUUAGUAUUCAAGACAGACUCGAAUAAUUUGGAAAACAUAUUAGAAAAUAUGGUUAACGAGUUUAAGACAACAAAGUGUACCUCUAUAAGAAAAGGAAUCUCUCUCGGUUUUAGCGAAAUUUUUUCCAAAAAUAAGUAUCACAACUUGGUUGUUACACAUGUGCAUAAUAUUAUUUAUAUGAUUAAAGAAUUGGCGAAUCACAAAAACACAGGAGAUAUAAUAAAAUUACUCUCCAUGUUGCUAAAAAAUAUUGAUCAAGAGGUUUUGAAGGGCAUCAUUAACGACUUCGUCAAUGAUGUUAUGGAUUCAAGUGAAAAUAAGGAUAGUGUGAAAAGGUUUACUUCCAAGCAGUAUAUCAGUUUUAAGAGUAUUAAAAUAUUCCUAAAUGUGCACACAGAAUUGGUUAUUGAUCUUAUUGUGGACAAAGCCUUGGUACCUCCGUACACCGCAGCAAAGAUGAAGCUGUUGUCCUACGUUUCGUAUGCCAAGUUGAGUAGUUACACGUUGCUGUUUAGGAAACUUGUGCACAUUUUCAUCAAUUUGAUACUGCGCGGGCUGAGGGAGUUUAGGAGUCACGGCUUUGACAUGAAAAAUUACGCCGCGGUUGCGUCGUACAACAUGGACGAGGACAACCAGGGGGAAGGAAAAAAGAAGGUAGUUGCUUCUGCGGAGGAAUUAAAAGUGGGCAAGUCGGACGGAGCACAGGUCGAAGUGGAUGAAACAGAGGAUGAAGUGGGAGAGGAUGAUGACGAUGAGGAGGAAGAAGAGGACUUUGACGAGGCCGAAACGGAAGAGGAUAAUGGAGCCUUCCAAACGGAUAUGAAUAUACAAGACAUUAUAAUCUCCCUUAAGAGCUUCCUAAAAAAUAUAAGCGACAGAAAUGUGGACACGCUGACGGAGAUCCUGUUUGCGGAACUUCGAAAACACAACAGCUCUGUGGAUUUGUCUUACGCAUGUUUGGAAAAAUGGGAAGACGGGGAAAAGCACACAGAUCGGAAUAACGUGCAGGGAGACAGCGCAGAUUUGGACUGCACGCAUAAUUAUGCCAAAAUAUGCAGCGGAGGAAAAUUAGCCGAACUGAAAAAAUUCGAAACGACCAAGAGAAGUGGAAAAGUGAGGGAAAUUAUUCUGUCCAUUUUUAAGUACAUGCUGGAUAUUAUAAAUGAAAAGGACAUCGCUGCAUUGAAUAACGACACACCAGCAGUACACAACUUGAAUGUAGCAGAGCCGAGUAGUAGCCGUAAUAAGGGAAAGCUGCGAGGACACAAACGCGUGCACAUACUUCAGUCGUAUAGAGUAAUUACAUACAUAAGUAUGAUGUCAAAGUAUGCACUAAUAGAUAUCAACAAGAAGGUGUUAGAAAUCGCGUCCAUCAUAUAUGUGUACCUAAUUGAGGUGAUAAAAAUGCUGGAUAAUAGCUGCGCCUAUGUCGAGAACUUUCAGGAUAUUAUAAAUAAGUACAGCAGUGAUAGCAACCUUGUUCCAGUACCAGAUGGGAAAUACGAAAUUGUAGGGUUAAAUAUGAGCAAGAAAUUGUUCGCCUCCCUGGUAGGCAUGUGCACACAUGUAAUUCUGCUGACGACAAAUCCGAAUGUUAAAAUUAAGGCAAUCGACAUCAUAAGAAUGAUAUUUUUAUAUACCACUAGGGAGGUGUCCUGUCCUCAAAUUUUGAAGGUAUCUGGAAUUUUAAUAAGAGUGUUAACUAAUAAAUAUAUUGAACAGGCGAAAAUUUACAUCUUCUCAACGUUCGAAGUACUAAUUAGGAAAGGCAGCAAUUUUAUUCGACCUUUGAUUCCCCAACUGCAAACGUGCAUAAUAAAAUCGCUGAACAACGAAAAAUUGAAAAAUCAAAUUAUUCAUAUUUUGAAUAUGAUUUCAGAGAAGAAACUCUCCAGGGUUGAUUUGCUCAUUAAUGAUUUGCUGAACAAUAUUAAUAUACAGACAAAUCCGCAGCAGUCUAUAACGAUUUUUAUGAUUUUGUCGAACAUUUUGAGCAGUCCAGAUGUUAACAUAAAAAAUAUUUUGAACAAAAUUAUUAACUCGGUAAAGUCAAAUUUUGUGCAUAGCAAUUGGAACAUAUCUUAUUACGCAUGCAAAAUUUAUGUGUUGCUAAUAUUUUACCACCUGCCAAAUAAGAAGCAGUACUUGGAAUCCAUCCUUGUAGCGGAAAAAGCGAAGAUCGAUUGUAGCACCUACUAUUUUGUUUUACACAUAAGUGAAAUAAAUAAUUUUUAUGAAAUCCUGAAGAGGGAAAAUAUGACGGAGUGUUUUAAGGAGGUGUAUGAACAUAUACUGAAGGACGAGAUUAACAGUUUGCAAAAUAUUUCCUACCAGAUAUUUUAUAAUAUGACAAAGCAAGAUGAAGAGUGUAUUUCCUUUGUCUAUGGCCUGGUUCCUUAUUUGAAGCUACCCCCCAUGACAGUAAUUUCGGUGGAAAUUCACCGCUACUAUUUUAAGGGCCUGAGGAACAUUUUUAAAAGUUGCCCUGAUAUUUACAAGGAAAACAAGCCCAACUUUUUGCUCGUCUUGGAUAACCUCCACCUGGCCCUAUCUAACACGAUUCAAGUGUUUAAGUCACUGGGAGAAAGCUGCGCAAAGUACGUCCUCGAAAUAAACGACGAAGAUCAGCAUAAAGCCAAAAUGGACUUCUUAAAACGCAACCCGGAAGCGACAAAAUAUAAUGUACUGCUUGAACAGGUAAAUCGACUUGUGGCGAAGAAGCAUAGCAUAAAAUCGGAUUCGGAAUAG